AGGCGGAGGAGGAAUGUAAAACCCUCCAUCCAGAGCCGAGAGCAGCAGCAUUUGCGCAGAUAGUCUGCGCUGCCUUCGACCGACACGCUGCGUUUCAGCCGGGAAGAGGGGAAGUUUGCUGUUGUUGUGUUUUUUUUGUGCCGCUGCUAAAAGCGAUCCUAAAGCGAGGAGCAGGGUCGACCUACCGCUGCCUACCGGACUCGUGUCAGCACCGGGGAUUUAACAUGGUGAUCAAAGUCUACAUAGCAACGUCCUCCGGGUCCACUUCGAUUAAAAAGCAGCAGCAGGAUGUCAUGGGCUUCCUGUCGGCCAAUAAGAUCGUGUUCGAGGAGUGCGACAUCGCGGCCAACGAGGGCAACAGGAAGUGGAUGAGAGAGAAUGUUCCGGAGGAGUCCAGGCCGGCUGCGGGGAACCCUCUCCCCCCACAGAUAUUCAACGAAAGCAAAUACUGCGGGGACUAUGAGGCCUUCUUCGAUGCCAGAGAGGACAACGCCGUGUAUGCAUUCCUGGGUAUGACCGCUCCCCCUGGCUCCAAGGAGGCCGAGGCUCUGGCGAAGAAAGCACAGCAGUAGCAGCUUUACACUGUUUCUACCUGAGACCUAAACCCAGAUCUGGACCCAGGCGGACCAAGAACUGAUCCAGGAGGAAAACAAGCAACAUUUCAGCCGGCUUAUAAAUUUGUGAUUUACUUUUUUGUUUUCUAUAAAUCUGUGUUCAGCUGUGCCUUGUCAGCUGUAGUGAAAGGAGGUGCUAAAGCAGAGCAUUAUGGGUAUCUACAAACAGCUCUGAUUCCUCCUAUUAGCCUCAGCCCGCUAAGCCUAUUGGCCUAACGACAUGUCAAUCAACCAUUAGCAUAGCAACGCGUAGCUUCCUUUUUGAAAACACAUAGUUUGACACAACAAAAUGUACGGCCCUUUGAAAGUUGUAAUACAGAUUCACCGUUUGGCCAACAGGACAUUAUCCAUAAUACUUUGUCCUCAUUCAUUUCACCGGUUCAAUUAGCAUAAGUUUCAUCUGUCGUAUCCUGGAAACAUGUUUUGCUACUGCCAAUCACGUCAUCGCCAAACCUGCAGCACCUUGUGUAAAAGUGAUCCAUUACAAUCCCAUUCUCUGUGUCUGGAUUUACUUUAUAUGGUCUUAAUGCUGUUUAAUAGCAAACUUUUUUCUACGUGAUGAUGUAUGUUUAAAAAUGACAACACAUGCCAAAAUUACGAGAGGGAUGUGAAAUGAAGCCGUUGUUCUUUUUUUAUUUGCUGUUUUUUUUUUUUAAGGGAAUUGGAUCGCUGUUUUGCCAUCAGCAUCCUGUUUCACAUUGUUUUGGUAAUCCCGGUGUUUCACAAUCUUCUUUAAAAUAAAAUAAAAAUAAGACUGCAAAUAAAACCACAA